CACCUUUUUUUUUGUAUUCAAACUUGGGACGAAGCUGAAAGGUCGGGAAAACAAGUCUCUCGUCCUUUGUCUCCGGUAUUUGAUGACAGCGAGACCAGCGACGCCUCGAUUGCAAGUCGACACGCUCUCAGAAGUUGAAUGAUUGAGCGCAUAUAUUAUUGCAGUUUGUUUUUGUGUUUGUCAGUAUGCACAAAAAACGUAGCAUAGAUUAGAGGUAAAGGACAGGCGCCCUGCUCGUGAGUGUAGUUGGAGUCUCGCAAGCCCUUUGUAAGUAUUUACAACGUGCGUGUUAAGCCGAAAACGCGUUUAUCGCCUUAUUCGCACUUUCCAGAUGAGCUAGCGCCACCGCGCGGAUUUUUGCGGAAGCCGGCAGACGGUGGUCGUUUUCCCACUCGCCCCGUUUGUGUGGCUGUCGGAGCGUCGUAGUAGUGCGUCAUGGAGAAAAACGGGCUGAGAGCGAAGAGCAAUCGCAUGUGCAGUGUGCCACAAUGCACAAAUCGUGCAAUAUUUGGAAAAGUCAGCUUGCACCGCUUUCCGAAAGAGAAAAAACGACGGAAGUUGUGGACAAUCAAGCUCCGCAUUGGGAAGCAAGUGAGCAAAGAAAUGGUCGUGUGUAGCGAGCAUUUCAACAAGGACGACUUUUUUUGGGGCCACCUUGACGAGUUGAAGCCCUUACGAAGGCGGCUGAAGAGAAACGCCGUGCCUUCUCAAAAUAUCCCGCUGCGCUCCCACGAGGCAGAAGUGAGGCCGAGGAUUUGCAGAAGAAAACACACUGCAGAUACACAAGGUAACAAGGGCCAGGACACUGCAGUACCACCUGAAGCAGUCACUGAUGGGGACUGCGCGUGCGAGCUUCCGAACUAUCCUGAAGAAGGUGAAUACGACGACCAACCUCUACAGGAGUGGCUUCCCCCCCUUUCAAGCUCUUGCACGUCUACACUGCAGGGCACACGAACAGCAGCAGAAUCUUUCAGGCACUUCCUCGAGUGCGGAUGAGGCAGUCCAGAAGAAAUUGAACACAAGACAUAGUUGCCUUGGCAAAAUAGUCGCCCGCAAGAUCGCCAACAUCAUCAAGGGCCAGAAGAAGCACUUGUAGUUUUGAUUAUGAGAAUAUAUUUGAACAUAUGCCUCAUUCAUCCACUGUGAUUAUCAUUGCAGGGGCGCUGCCACAGUGUGGGCCUUCUGCAUGACGACAAGACACCCAUAAAACACUUGCGCAAGACUAAUUCUAAUGGGGCUGAGAAGUGGGCAAAUACAAAACUAAUACAAUACCAGCAGGCAAUUACAGAACCAAUAGGCCAAUAUAAUUCCAAUUGGCUAAUAGAGAACCAAUACACCAAUAUAGGUCCAGUAGGCUGAUAUAGAACCAAUAGACCAAUAGCCAAAUACAGUUCCAAUAGACCUAUAGAACCAAUAGACCAAUAGGUGUCAAUAACCCAAUAGGCUAUUGGUUUUUUAUUGGGAAUUUUUGCUAGGGCG